UUUUUUAAUGCCAACCGUGUUCCGAGUACAGUCCGUUGUCUGUCACUGAGUCUUAUAGCUUCAGUCUGGCAGCAGCUCUCGGCGUGUGAGGUCGCGCGGCGCUUGUCCCUCCAUCCCUCACACACCUUCUCUCCCACAACGUGUGUGAGACUGCUGUCCUCGUAGGAUCCUAGCAGCGCCUCCGUCAGUUUUUCUCUCGGUUCUCCUAGUUGAUGAUGAGGGACGGACUGAGGCCACGGCUGUUCCUUGCCCUCUUCUGUCUCGCCAGACUUUCUAAUGCCAACGAAGCCUCCACCACAACCACCACUACUACUAUUCCCAACAACAACAACAACAACAAGAAUAACAACAACAACAACACCGCACAGUUCUGGUCUGGCUACACCGGGCCGGAAUAUCGCAAGGAGAUUUUUCCACCUCAGAAAAAAGGGGUGCCCCUCGAGGUCGGCAUCUCCGUGCUCGUGAGGAACCUUGCCAAGAUUGACGAGAGCGAAGGUAUGGUGAUGAUGGAAGUUAACCUGCGCGUCAAGUGGCGGGACACGAGGCUGCGACCCCCGCCUGACCUGGAGCCUUCUCAAUACGUGCCGCUCGACCCCGCCAUCCUGACCCGCAUCUGGGUGCCCGACCUUUACAUCGAUCACAGUUCCGGUGCCAACACACCCAGAGUCCUCACCAGUAUCGCCUCCGUCUGGAUUUAUGGAGACACUACCGUCGACUACUCCGGCAAUAUGUUCGUUGAGCUUUCCUGCAGGAUGGACUACGCCUGGUUCCCUCGUGACCAUCAGAUCUGCAGCUUCAGGAUGGAGAGCUACGCCUACACGCUGGACAGAAACGUGUACGUGUGGGUCCCGCCUGGCCUUGAGGUGUCCAAAAUGAUCCACAGUGAACAAUUCCUCGUCAGGUUCGAGGAAGCAGAUCCCUACACGAGAGUCCAGGAUGUUUACGGCACCUACCCCGCCCUGGCUUUCCGAGUUCACCUGACUCGGCGCCUGUCCUACAUGCUGCUCCAGGUCUACCUCCCCUCGGGCCUCUUCGUGGUGGUGUCCUUCGUGUCACUCCUGGUGCCCGCUGAUGCCAUCCCAGGCCGCAUGACUCUCUGCAUUACGACCAUCCUCACCAUGUCAGCUCUUCUUGGUGUUGCUAUGCAGUCAACUCCCCGGGUGAGCUAUGUGAGGGCCAUCGAUGUGUGGCUCCUCUCCUGCCUUUCCUUCGUCAGUAUCGUCCUGCUGGAGUUUGGUGCCGUCAUCAAGUUACUGGAGAUGGAAAAGAGUGGUCGCAUUGCUACUUCCUCUUCCAAAGUGGUGAAGAUAUCAUUAAAGCAUCUCAGCCAGCAAGGGGGAACACACUGCCUAGACUCAGACCUCCUACAGACACCCUCAGCCCAGGACACACCAGCAACACACCAAGAGCAGAAGCAGCAGAACGUCAAAAACUGCAGCUGGAUUCUCGGUGACUCCUUGAAAAUUUCUCUCCCGUCGUCAAAAAAAGUGGAUAGGGUCUCGCUGGUCCUGCUUCCCUCCUUCUUCUUCGUGUUCAACCUAGCCUACUGGGGCUGGUUCCUGUCGGGCUCCCAGGCAGCCAUUCCCAGUCUGAAGGGGAACAACGCAACGGUGGAGGCCACGUAGGGGAUCAGGGUGGGUGGUGAUGGAGUAGUGAAGGGGUGGUGGGGAUAGUGGGUUGUGGUUCUGUUUGUUUUGCCUGUGUGUGCUGAGUUGAAGUUAUGUUAGUAGUAGUAGUAGUAGUAGUAGUAGUAUCAUUGUCAUUAGAAAAGCUAUUAUUGAAUUUUCUCUUUUCAUUUUUUUCAGUGAUAGGCUAGGCAGUUAUUGUCAUCAUAGUAGCAGCAGCAGCAGUAGUAGUAGUAGUAGUAGUAGUACUAGUAGUGAGAAAGGAAGAGCAUAUUUCCAUGACAACAUAGCUUGCAUCACAUCACAUCACAUUCAUUUCAUCACAUCCUUGCCAUUUCAUCAUCCCAGACUCACCAAAACCUCCACCCCUUCAGUGCGAGUUACUGUACACGUGUGCCUUUAUUAGCAUGGGAAAAUGAUCACUAUUUCUUUGCUUUUCCUGAGAGAGAGAGAGAGAGAGAGAGAGAGAGAGAGAGAGAACACAUAACUAAAGUACAAGAUACAUUACUAUUAUCAUUUAUUUUACAUGUCCCUUUAUUGAUUUACAUAUUCAAUUUCAUCUACACGUCAGUACACACAUACAUCACAUACAUAAUUCCAUGUUAUGACUAUGCCUUUCUCCUUUUCCUUUGUUUUGACACCAAUAUUUACUCUUCAUUGUUCUUGUUUAGCCAUUACUUUCCCACAAGCAUAUUUACACUAUAAUUCAGCUGUCAUUUUCCCCAGCCACUGUGGGAGGACUUGUAAGGUCGAGCACGUUACAGUGUUUGUUCUGCAGAUGUGUGAAAUAUUACAAAUGAUCGUUUGGGAGAGAAAGAUGUAUGUGUGUUGGAAUGAUAAAUUGUGUUGUAUGUAUAUUGUAUUUGUGUACUUUAUGCUGGAUAGUUUGAGUGUCCCUUAUGAUCUACAGCAAUUUGUGAAUAGAUGUUAUGGUAUUAU